AUCUUCUCUCGUACUUUUAUCUGGUAAUACAGGACAACUCUUGGGAAAAUAUAUAAAACAUAAUUGUUCAUUAGUUAAUAUAUAUAAUCUUGUUUCUGAUGGCACUAUUUUAUAUUUAUGUUACGACAUGAAUGGCAAACGUAUAACAAAGUACGUUUCGUUAAAAGCACUUCUCAAUGGUUCAAGUUUAUCGCAAAGAAAAAGGGAAAUAACAGCAUCGCCACGUAUAUUUAAAACGAUGAUGUUAGAUGAACAAAAUAAUUAUUGGAAGCCUACGCGUUAUCAUCGUUUGAUGGUUGAAAAUAAAGGCAUAUGUUCUUGGGAAUCUUGUAAAGCUACUUUGAAUUUAACUCUUCAAAAACAACCAAAUCAAACAUUGAAAAUUUGGGAAUAUGUUAGCCCAAAUUCGUUUGCCUCAAAACCAGUCUUUUUAAUAACAUCACAAGAACCAUAUAGCACUGGAUUUGUAAUAAAAUUCUGGUAGUGGCUCGAUUCAAAUCCUUCGGUAACAGAUACGAUACCUAAAAUCAUUGAACGAAAACUAAUCGAAAGAGUAUUAAUCGUUUUCGUUAAUUAUACCGACGUACAAGUUAUUAACGCUAGUCAAACUGAUGUUACUCAAUUAUGUAAUGGUACUAACUGUCAACCAAAUUUAGAUUUACGAGUGAAAUUUAAUUCCAUUGCAGCAGCAAAUAUUAAUCAAGAGGGAUAUCCAGAAUUGAGAGUAGGUAUAAAAGUCAAAGUAGGUUGAAGUCUGAACGUAUUAUCUUGGAGAACGAGCUAGGAUCUGCUAGAGCAUAUGGUUCAUAUAGUAAAGGUUCAUAUGCCUAAUUACUAGACAAAAAAAAAAUAUGAAGAUAGUUGAAGUAUCUUCUAAUUCGAAGGAAGGUGAAGUCCUAAAUCAGCUGUUUAACUUUAAUAAGUUCGAAAUCCAUGAAUGUAAGACUAUGAACUAAAAGAAAUAACAAAAUUAUUAAUAUCUUUUGAAAGUAAAUAGAGAAAGUGAAUGAGAGAACAAUUAAAAUACGGAAGAACAAGAAAAAUAUUUUGUAAAGAUACUUUUUAUCAAUUCUUUAUAUAAAAAAAAAAAAAGAAAAAAAAACCCCAAAAGAAUCCGUCCAAUGUUUGUACAAGAUUGUUGAAUUAACAACAUAUAUUAUGCUACCUGGAUAUUUCACAUACGGGAAAUAUUAAAUAAUUUGUCUUCUACCGACCCACUUCCAUAAAAAAGAAUAUUUUCUAAGUACUCGAAUCUUGUAUAAUCGGUCGCAACGGAAAGAUUAUCUUCAAGAAUAAUGGACGUAAAUUUCAUACGUUAUUUAUUUAUAUUUAAUUCUUGCUUUUUUACCAUUCUUGGAUUUAUUGUUAUUUAUGCUGAACCUUACUUACCUGUUUUAAUUACACGUACAUUUCACUAUGGUAAACAUGCAAUUAAAAUUCAUCAACCAAUAGUUGCAAAAACUGAAGUACCAAAAAGAUGGUUUAAACAUUUCUAUCUCUUUGCAACAUCAGUUUCUACUUGUUUUCUUAUCCUAUUUUUCUAUACAUAUUUUAUGAACGGUACAAUUCCUGAAAUAAUAUAUUGGUUAUUAGAUACAUCACUUGGCAAAUCUAGAAAAGCAUUAGUAUCAUCAGAAUGUGGAUUUUUAGCCAUAACCCUUCUUACUAUUCAUUGUUGGAAACGAUUAUACGAAACACAUUAUGUUACUGUUUUCUCUGAUAAAAAAAUUAAUAUCUCUCAUUACAUAGUUGGACAUACCCAUUACAUAGGAACAAUAUUAAGCAUUAUAGGUGAAUCACAUUGUUUCGUUCGAAAUUUCAAAGAACUAAAUUAUGAGCAUAAAUUAACGCUCUUACAAAUAGUUUGUGCUAUCAUAUUUUUAUUAUCUUCGUUGGUGCAAUUACAAACUAAUUUUAUUUUAGCCAGUUUAAGAAAAUCUAACAAUAAAGUUGUCUUUUAUGGCUAUAAAGUAGCACAUAGUGGUUUAUUUAAAUAUUUGUCUGCACCAUUGGAAUUUACAGAAAUUUUAGUUUAUUUAAUGUUAUCUGUUAUUCUUUGGCAAAGUAAUACAUUUCAUUACAUUACACUUUGGGUUGUAAUAAACCAAAUAAAUUGUGCUGUAAUGACUCACAAAUGGUAUAAAAAAACUUUCCAAAAUUAUCCAAAGGAACGUAAAAUUUUGAUUCCAUAUUUAUUCUAGAUAUAAUUAUUAUCACUUCCUUAACUUAGAAACUUGGUAGAAUAAAGAAAUUUAUUAUUUACAUUUUACUAGACUCAUGUAAACACACAUAUACGCCUUGAUUAUUGUUUCAUUCCACAAUUAUAUGAUUUUUAAAAUAACGUUGAAUAAUAAAUAUUUAUUUAACUAAUAA